AUCAGAACGUAGUUCAUCUUCUUUAUCUGAUGGAUGUGAUUCAACUGACUCUGUAGGAGAGAAAACACCAGAGCAACCUGAAACCAGUAAGAGUGAGGCAAUACUGCAAGUGGUCAACUCAACGGGACUUGGUUCUCUCCGUAAAUGCCAAAGUGAGAACUCUCAACCAUUACUGUCUCUCUGUAAUUCCAACAUGGUGCCCUGCACCAAAGAGGUCUUGUCCCAGAUUGUGACCAUGUAUAGGUCAGAGGUGGCAGAUUUGGAAUGCACAUCAUCUGUUGCAGAGGGUUCCUCUUACAACUCCCUUGAAGUCUGUGGCUUUUUGGACAGUGUCAUGUCUUAUCUAGAAGACAUGCCCGUGUCUGGUUCUUCAUGGUUGGAAGGAUUAAGAGAUACUCCAGCCUCAGUCAUUGAGAAACUCUCCAGUGAGGAGUUCCAGAUGAACGCUACCAACGAAGUGCGAAAAAUACUGAUCAAAUCAGUCAGUAGCUUUCCCAGCAAAGUCAGUUCCAGCCAGACAGAUUCUCAGAUGUUGCCAGCAAAAUCAACAAUUUCCUUAAGGCAUACAGAUAUAACUGCUUUUGAAAUCGUUGGAUCAAUUACAAAUGACAUGAAGAGCCUUUUCCCACCCACAGAGUCUUCUACUACUCUAUGGCAGGCAGACUCUAUGCUUCAACAGAGUGAUGAGAAAACCUCAGAGUACACUGAGGCCACACCCAAAGGCUCACAGUCUGGUUUGGAAGUAUCUGAGAAGAAGAUCUGGACAACUGCAAAGACUAUUUACCACAAUGUGAAGACAAAGAUGAGGAAUUAUUUUACAUGGCAAAAUCAAGUCAAAGCAACAACGGCUCAAGCCAAAAAGACCUUCAGCCAUAUUCUGGUUUCAAUUCAGAAAGAGCUGUCAAAAUCUGACCAAACGGUGACUGCGCUUUCACAAAUAGAGAAUGUGGUUGGAAUGAUGCUGAAGGAUGUUGAAAGGGUAAGCAGUGAAUGUGGUGAGGAACCGAUCUAUCAAGCGCCACAGCGUUCUUCCUCCUCGUUGUCAUCCUCAUCUGCCAGAUCAAAGAAGUCAGAGUGGGAAUUUUCACUCCCUGGCACUCCCAUCUCUUCUGAUUUACCAGAGAGUAUUACUCAGCCCAUUGUGAGAUGCUCAGUCAUCGACAUGGGCAAAUCUACUAAGCCAAAAACAUUGGUGUGUGAUGCCAGGGAAAGCAUGUCUGCAAUAGUGGAUACCAUCAUAAAGGAGGUACAUCCAGAGGAAGAAGGGGAGGUUGCAUUCCACCCUGAUCUAACAGCUGCAAUAGCAAGACUGGAGGAGCUCAUAUGUCAGGGUAGGAUUGGUGCUCUCUCACGUGAUCUUACUCACCAAGUCAACCGCAUCAUUUCUGAGAGCAACUUGACCCCUCUGGUUCUGACAGUGGCGGCUGGAAAGAGUGUAUCCGAUACAGUCCUUACUGAGCUGAAGAGGAAUGACAAGACGGUGGGGAAGCCCACAGCUUACAAGCUGGUUCAGCGUUUUGCAGAGGAGUCUGUGAAGCGCCUCUUGCUUCCUAGCCUUGUGCCCUCUACAGCUUCAAUGAGUUUGGCUACAUCAGCAUUUAGUGACACAGUCAGCCUGUUUACCAAAGUAAUGGUAAGCCAGGUCAUGGACUCUGUGGUUUCUGAUGAACAAAGCAGAGGGUCAUCUCCAACCGGAACUGUAACUGAUAUAGGCAGUCUACUGAGUGGUAAGUCCUACCCUCUGCCAUCUUUCUCCGCCAUCAGCAUGACAACAAGUGGGACCUCCAAUGCUGCACGAGGCUUUGAGGCCAACAUAGAUGCUGAGGAAAGGGAUACCAUCAGUUGUUUCGGUGUACCUCAGAGCAUUGUUUGUGAUCAGAAUUCAACCAGCCCGGAUGUUGCCUCGCUUUCAACCCCAUCCACUGACAACUUAGUCGGUGAUGAUGACUUCACCGGCCUCAUCAGCAUGUUAGUGGUGAGACUUCUGUCAAAAAUCCAAACCCAAACUGAUCUGUACCCAACUGACGUCACACGCACGUCACAAGACCUGAUUCCAAAAGUUAUAGCUGCCUUCUGUGCAUGGUCAGGCUGCUCUGAGACCCAAGCUUAUCCCAAGAACCUGAAGAGUCACAAAGUAUACAGCACCGUCUACAAACAUCUGUUGAAGGAGUUUGGCUCAGAGAAAAUACUCCAACUGGCCGUGUCGACUCAGGACUCCACAUUCAAUAGGAUUCUUGUGAAGUCAUUGAGCAAGGAGCUUCUCCAUAGUUGUAACGAGGCAUCAAGAGCAGCCUCAAGAACAUCUUUCGAAGCCACCAGGCCAGAAGCUCUUCUCAUGGCUGAAGAUGUGAAGGCUACCAGAGGGAAGCUGUCUUUCCUACAAAGGCUUGCCAGACUGAAAUUCGACUUAAAGCCAUUCAUGAUGGGAAACAAGAAGGAUUCCAAGAAGAAUUCCCGCCAUUCUGAAUCCAAAGACCAGACUACUGCUGAAGAUAUCAUGUCUUUUACCUUCGACAUCAACAAGCGACGCACGGGCUGGUCCUGCAGACUCCCACGCCCAUGGCCCAGGAGAACGCUGGGGGCCACCUGCUCACUCACGUCCCAGCCAUCUCCUUUGAGACCGACUCUACUGUGGAGUGCACCUCCAAGAGGACUCCGGAAGAGAGGGACCGGGUGAAGGUUAAACUGGCCAACAUGGCCUUGAUGGGAAGGAUCAAAAAGUCCUGGAUGUGAAAUGCCCAUUAUGUGUGAUUAUCGAAUUUAUAAUUUUCCACUUUUGAAACAACAAUGGGAAAGACAGGGUUUAUAGCAAAGGUUGCUCAGAUUGGGCUUUUGGAAAAAUUGGGAGAAUGAAAGUGCACUCCUGAUUCAGAGAGAAAGAUCCAUCUUAAUCAUCCAUACCAUUGUUUAAAUUACAAUAAAAAAAACAUUCAAACUGUU